CGCGUUGCAAGCCUAUCGUUGGCGACUCUUUGAAACCUUGAAAUUCUCUUAAAAACAAACAAACAAAACUAAAAACAAACAUCAAAGCCACAGCAAUCUACAUAAGAAAAGAUGCUGAUUCAGAUAUUCGGAGAGUGUAUUGUAAUAUAUUCAUAAGUCACGGUUCCUAUAGGAUAUUUUUAGAGAGUCAUGCAAUGAGGUCACCGUCUGGAAGUUCCCGGAAAUGAUUAUAUAAACUUGCUGGAUCAUAUCGUUUUGGCUGUAGAAGCUACGUUCUUGGCGUAAUAAUGGAAUCAUACGUGAAAGAUCUAAAGAACCAGGUCCAUUGUUUGCUAUGCAAUGAGACGAUGUACGAACCCAAAUUGUUACAGUGCUUUCAUACAUUUUGUAAGCCUUGUAUCAAGUCAAAUACACAACUCCAUGGACAAGUCAACGUCUUCAAGUGUCCCCAGUGUACCUCACAAACCGUGCUUGAACAACUCGAGGACGUGGAAGACUUGCAGACCAGCCCGAUACACUCAAGAAUCCUGAAAGUCUURUCGUUUUUAGAGAACCAGAAGGUUUGUUCGGUUGAAGUGAGUCAUURUGAAGCGUUGUGGAGAUGUUUAGACUGUGAUUGCUCGUUGUGUGAUGAAUGUUUAGGUUACCAUACUAGAUUUUCCAAGAAUCAUAARGUCAUUUCGUUGUCCAACAUGAGAAAGGAAGACAUUGAAACAAUGAUUAAAAGAGAAGAGCCAUGCAAAAUCCACACCAGUCAAGAUGUCGAAUUGUAUUGUCGACACUGCGAUGCACUCAUCUGUUUGCUUUGCUUGAAAGAUCACGCUCAUGACAAGGAUGACUUAUCAUCAAUGGAGACACURCAGGAUUUUAUCACCAAUGAGACAAAAUGUAUUUUCAAAAACCUCGAAGAAAUUGAGAAAUUGACAACUAGCGACGAGGAAAGAAAGCAACAAGAAGAAAUUGCCAUUGACAUCCGAGAUUAUGGGAMAAAAGCGAAAGARAAUGUUAAGAAAGUAACAAAACACUUGGUAAAAACACURAUUAACCAUGAACAACAACUUUUAACCGAGAUCCAGAAAGCCACAACGAAAGCUGAAAGGAACUUACGAAUAUUACAUCACACCUCAGCAGCACAAGAGUACGUCAAAUACUUCGCUGAAAAUGCAACAGCAAGUGAAAUUAUGGAGAUUCGAGACGAAAAAUGCUCUCAAAAGUUCAAUUAUCAACCGUUCCAGAAAGAACUUGGUGGAAUUCAUUUCAAACCGAAUGAAGAGCUUAACAAUCAAGUGAAGACUGGUUUAGGGCGAGUAACAUCAAUUAAAAAGGCUGAUGCCAUGUCGUGCUCAAUAAAAGUGGAACCUAACAUAGAGGCUAAGAAAACUUCCAAACUGACCGUGAUAAUGAAAUCUUCAGAGGGAAUAGUAGCGGAUGGCGAAUCUGUAGAUAAAGUUACCAUACAGGUAACACCUGAAGAUGACGUUCAGAUAGGUGAGAAACGAAUGGAGGUUAGUGGUGAGGUUAUUGUGGACUUCAUUGCUUGUGUUCYUGGUCAGGUAACUGUACAUGCUAAUGUACGUGGAAAUCCUGUAUCUAACAGUCCAGUUGUGAUGAACAUUGAGCCACAAAACAUACCAAUAAAAGAUUCAAAGAUAAUAAAGCGUUUGAAUAUAGGAUCAAACAGCUAUAAUGGUAUAGCAGUGAAUUCAACAAAUGACAGAAUUGCAGUAGCAGAUCGCACUUCACACUGCAUUAGGGUCUUUAACAUGGAAGGAGAAUUGCUGCUGAAAUUUGGUAGUGAAGGAAAUGGCCAGGAACAAUAUAAAUAUCCAGGCGGCUUAGCAUUUCUUGGUGAAACUGAUUUGGUCAUCACUGAUCAAAGUAACAAUAGAAUAUGCAUCCUAGACACCCUUAAGGGUAGGACAAAGAAAACCAUUAGAUGUAUAGGUAAUGGAAAUAAGCACCUCAUGAUUCCAACUGGAGUAUGCAUCGACGAUGAUUCCAACAUCUUUGUAUGUGACAUUGAUAAUAAUUGUAUACAAGUGUUUUCUGCAGAUGGAGCUCAUCUAUAUCAUUUCAGCUUGCCGAAUGGAAAGCCUUUUGAUAUAACCAUUCACAAAGGACUUUUUUAUGUCACUAAUAUUACUUCAGCAGUGGUUCAUGUAGUUGAAAUGAAAGACAAACAGCUAUCAAGUAUAAUUAGGUCUAUUGGUGGCAAGGUUGUUCAGCUAAAAGAGCCCCGAGGUUUAGCCAUUGACAGUGAUAACAAUCUACUAGUGUGUAACACUUUUGAUGAGCAGAUAUACAAGUUUACUUUGGAUGGUCGUUACAUAGGGAAAACAAAUAAUCAACUAACUGGCUUUCGCUCCUACGUAGCAGCACUUGCUGAUGGUACUGCGAUUUACAGUACAUAUGAUGGGGGCUUGUUUGCCAUUUAAAAGGCUCUAAACAAUAUUAUAAAACAGACUUGUCAUUAUAAAAAGACAAAGCUACAAAUACUACACCCCAAUACAUUAUGAGAAGAGUAAGCAGCAAAUCCUGAAAUUAGAUUAAUUAAAAUAAUUUGUAGUUGUAAACUAACAGAGGAAGAACAUUCAUUCCUUUGUGUAUACAAAAUUCUAGAAAAUUCUUAUUAUUAUUAAACCAUCUUGAUUUCUUCUAAAA